GAUGGAGUCUUGCCGCCAGUCUAUGUACCCAAACUUCCCGUUAUGUUUUUGCUUACUGGGACAACACGUACAGAGGCACCGGUCGUGCACACGACACAUGGGAGCCAUGCUCUCUUCGUGGGCGUUCCUACUCCAUCGCGUUAUAACGGGGUAUCAGCGGUAUCGGGAUCUUUCCGGGGCACUCGGCCGUCUCAUCUAUGCCUGUGAGUGACAGUCUGCAGGGGACAGAACGUCAGGGAGGCAGGGUAAGGUGAAGAUGAACUCACUGUUGUGCAACACUCAAUAAGUAGAUAAUGCAGAAUGAAGUCAAAUCAUGUGGCGUUCGCCAUCAUCAUCAGCCUUGGUACCGUCGCACUCAUCGUUUUCGACGACAUCCUCCGAAACGUGCUACGAAAGGCCAAGGACGAAAUGCGGACAAUUCCCAUGGAGUUUUCGUUUGACGAUUUGCCGCUCAAGUGUAAAUAUCUUUUCCGUAAUAAUGACCUGGAGAUUGAACGGGCCAGGGUACGGAUGCUUAAAGACGUCCGGGUUGGACCAAGUAUUGAUCAUGGCGCUUACUCCGUCAUGACACAGAACUGUACGGAGUUCAAACGACACCGAAAUUAUAUACUAAACGUAACUCGUGAAGAAGAAGAGUUCCCUAUAGCCUUCAGUGUGUUGAUGUACCGGAAUGUGGAACAGUUUGAGCGUCUGUUGCGAGCUGUAUACAGACCUCACAACUACUACUGUGUCCACGUCGACAGCAAAACCUCCGGGGUAAUAAGGGAUGCAGUUAGCAACAUCGUCAACUGUUUUCCGAACAUAUUUCUGUCGUCGAGCUCGGUAGACGUGAGAUGGGGAGAAUUCUCCGUGCUGGAACCGGAACUGGUGUGCAUCCGGGACCUGCUGAAACACAACCGGAAGUGGAAAUAUUUCAUCAACCUCACCGGUCAGGAGUUUCCCUUGAAGACGAACUACCAACUGGUUAAGAUACUCAGGGCAUACAGUGGAGCGAAUGAUGUUAGCGCCACAGUCUCUAGGAUAUUUGAGAACGCCUAUCGCUGGUGGCUGGCUGGUCCCCCUCCCGCGGACAUCCGGCCAGUCAAAGGGGCCGUGCACAUCAUCGCCAACCGCCACUUCGUCGACUACGCCGUGCACCACCCCGUGGCUCAUGACCUGCUGCAGUGGGUCAAGAAGACCAAGGUCCCCGACGAGACGUUUUUCGCCACCCUCAACCACAACCCACAGCUCCGGAUACCUGGGUCAUAUCAAGGCGAGCCGGAAACUGACCCAAUCACGAAACCGUUCUUGGCGCGGUACAAGGUGUGGGACAAGGGGCUGUUCUUCUUCCUAGAUGACUGUCAAGGCAAGUACGUCCGCCACAUCUGCAUCUUCGGCGUGGGGGACUUGCAUCGCUUAGUCCAGAGGAAGCACCUGUUCGCCAAUAAGUUCCAGCUGGACUUUGAGCCUUUAGUGCUGGAUUGCAUGGAGGAAUGGUACUUCAACAUGACGCACGACGAGCACCUCGGGAAGCUGGACUUUGAUGAUCGUUACUAUAGAAACCUAGGGUUUGUUAAGAACCAGGUGCCCUUGUCUCCGACUAGCUACAGAGCCUUGCUGUAGGU